UUCCGGGGCUUCUCUGAAGCCGGCCUCCGACGAAGGAAUGACUAUGCUCUCCAUCGUCAUUAUCACGUCACUCGUUUACGCCGACGUCCGUACUCCACGGCCGCUGUGCGCGCCUCGUUGUUCUGCGAGAAAGCGAGGGUGUUCCCCCUUCGAGAUUUAUCAGUCAGAUCGGAAGGGAAUCCAUUGUUUGCAUGCUGAGUUGUUCGUCAACAACGUGUCCCACGAUACAGAGGCCGGGUGCGCCUAUAAGAGGGCCAGCUCUAUACAACCAGACAACAGCCGCUCCAGUUUCGCUCGUCUCCGUUCGCCUCUGUAGUCGUCAGUCAAGGAUGAGGAGGGAAACGUGCAUUGUGGGCAUUAUUACCUUGUUAUGUGUAUGUUUGCCUUCCGCACAAUGCCGCAUCGACCAGCAGCGCAUCGGGCACGCGCAUUCUCCAGCACGUCAGUGGAUUCACAACAUCAGGAAACUCUUUCACGAGCUCACGGAUCUGGCACACAAUGUUGGAAAGCCUAUCAAACAUGGCGUGAAUUACUUUGAGAAGGAAAUUACGAAACUUUCUAAAUUUGGAGUCAACUACUGCUCGGCGUGCACCAUGGCCACGACGCUCGUAAGGAAACUACUUCAGGAAGGCGAAUCAGAAAAGCACAUUAUAUCCAUGCUCAAGACGAGCUGCAAGCUCUUUCGCAUUUCUACGGACCGCGUUUGCUCCGGGAUCGUCGAUCAGUUCAAGGGCGAGUUCUUCUACGUGAUGCAGCGCUCGAAGCUGAGCUCCAAGGAGAUCUGUGACACUGUCUUCCCAGAGGACUGUGGACCAAACAAAGACCCUGCUCUCAAUUGGACCGUCCAGCUCCCCUCCCGUCCCAAGCCACCAGUGAAGCCUUCGCCUCCACCAUCUGCCGGAGCACGGACGUUACGAGUGCUUCAUCUAAGUGACACCCACGUGGAUCACCGGUACACGAUCGGUAGCUGGGCCGACUGCAAGGAACCUCUGUGCUGCCACUCUGAUAACGGACUCCCUGGCGCCAAUGGCGUGCCAGCAGGGAGAUGGGGAUACUUCAAGUACUGUGACAUCCCCAUGAGGACCUACGAGAGCUUGUUGAGACACGUGAGCAAGAAGCAGAAGAUUGACUAUGUAAUCUGGACGGGCGACAUGGUACCCCAUGAUAUCUGGAACGUAUCCCGAACCGAUAAUUUGGCUAUUAUGAAGGAGACGGCGGAAAUGAUCGCUAGAUACCUACCAGGAGUUCCAGUGUUCCCAGCACUGGGAAACCAUGAGGGCGUUCCUGUGGACAGCUUCCCGCUGCCAAUGGUGAAAGGAAAUCAGUCUAUAUCCUGGCUGUAUGAUGCACUAGUGAAGCAAUGGUCGCUCUGGCUUCCGUCCUCAACGACAUUUACUCUUCGCCGGGGUGCCUACUAUUCCAUCCGACCUUUUCCUGGACUCAAGAUAAUAUCCUUGAACAUGAACUACUGCAACAGCCUCAACUGGUGGAUCCUACUGAACACGACGGACCCGACAAGCGAACUGGCUUGGCUUACGGAAGAGUUGCAGGCGUCGGAAAUACUUGAUGAAAAGGUACACAUCAUCGGUCACAUUCCACCUGGAGGUUCUGACUGUCUUACCGUAUGGAGCCACAAUUACUACAAGAUUAUUGCUAGGUUCGAGAGCACCGUGCGAGGGCAGUUUUUCGGUCAUACUCACAUGGAUGAGAUCGAAGUAUUCUACCACUCACCACGCAACUACACGGGUCCCUUCAGCGUAGCGUACCUCUCCCCCAGUGCCACAACGUACAACACAGGAAACCCAGCUUACCGGAUAUUUACAGUUGACGGAGGAACACGCAACAGCACGUGGACCGUCUUGGAUCAUGAAACCUACACCAUGGACUUGGCGCACGCCAACGAACACCCAGACAUUGAACCUGAUUGGACUCUGGAGUACUCUGCAAAAUCAGCAUUCGGACUCUCUUCAUUGGACGCUUCUCAGUGGGAUAGGCUUCUCCGCAAGAUGGAGCAUAAUGACGCUUUAUUUAACAAGUUCUACAGGUUCUUCUACAAAUUUAGCCCUCUGGCGGAACCGUGCGAUGAAAAGUGUAGGAGGAAGCUGAUCUGCAUUCAGAAGACAUCUCGGUCAUCCGACCAGCGUUUCUGCAAAUAGUACCUUUCUCUUCAAGGAGUAUUGUCCUCAAUAUACUUCUGACAAAGACUAAGCGGACCUCCAUAGCACGUUCCAACAAGAUACGUGCAGCUGUACAAGAAGAAAGAGCAAUGUGCAAAAAAAAAAAGACUCUCGAAUCGUUAGUAUGCGAGUUCAGAAACAGCCUUUGUCGUCUACCUACAUGUGAAGCUCAGCCAUAGCAGCAGCCAAGGAGUCAUAUUAUAUUGCUUUUCUGCUGCGGACACACCUUCUUCAUAUAUGGUUGUAAAUAAAUCCAUGUUUUUAGCUUUUUA